AACGGGAUGGUGCUUUCUGUCUCUUGUCAUUUGUGGUUUAAGGAAAGGGGGUGGUGUUCUGCAUUUGAAAGGACUUUAAUGAAUGCUGUCAGUGUUUGUGAGAGCUAAUGGUCAGUAUGGGAAAGGAGAGCAGGGAAAAGUGGUCUAGCUGCUUCAGGAUAGGUGGAUGAGAGUUUGCUCUGAUUGAACGGAAUGUUCCACCGUGUUUCAUCUUUAUUCAUUAUCCAUUGUUCUUUAUAAUCUGAUGCGUUGGUUUAAAAGUAAAUGAAGAUAUAUAUGUGAAUGUGAUUUAUUUUCCUUUCAAUCUGUUUAUUGUGUACAGCAGGGCAUAUACUUCUCUUGUCUUGGUCGGAUGCACAAAUCUGUGUGCAGUGCUUUUUGCCCGUUGCCUAGACGAUCACUUGGUUUCUCUGAGGAUGUCUGGUUCUCGUAAAGAGUUUGAUGUGAAGCAGAUUUUGAAAAUCAGAUGGAGGUGGUUUGGCCAUCAAGCAUCAUCUCCUAAUUCUACAAUUGACAGCCAGCAGGGAGAAUUUUGGAAUCGAGGACAGACUGGAGCAAACGGUGGGAGAAAGUUUUUAGAUCCAUGUAGCCUACAAUUGCCUUUGGCUUCAAUUGGUUACCGAAGGUCCAGCCAACUGGAUUUUCAGAGUUCACCUUCUUGGCCAAUGGCAUCCACCUCUGAAGUCCCUGCAUAUGAGUUUACAGCAGAAGAUUGUGGCGGUGCACAUUGGCUGGAUAGACCAGAAGUGGAGGAUGGCACUAGUGAAGAAGAAAAUGAAUCUGAUUCCAGUUCAUGCAGGACUUCCAAUAGUAGUCAGACAUUAUCAUCCUGCCAUACUAUGGAGCCAUGUUCAUCAGAUGAAUUUUUCCAAGCCCUUAAUCAUGCUGAGCAAACAUUUAAAAAGAUGGAAAACUAUUUGAGACAUAAACAGUUAUGUGAUGUCAUUCUCGUUGCUGGUGAUCGCAGAAUUCCAGCCCAUAGAUUGGUGCUCUCCUCUGUCUCAGAUUAUUUUGCUGCCAUGUUUACUAAUGAUGUCAGGGAAGCAAGACAAGAAGAAAUAAAAAUGGAAGGUGUAGAACCAAAUUCACUAUGGUCCCUGAUUCAGUAUGCAUAUACAGGCCGCCUUGAAUUAAAAGAAGAUAAUAUUGAGUGCCUGUUAUCUACAGCUUGCCUUCUUCAGCUUUCACAGGUUGUGGAAGCAUGCUGUAAGUUUUUAAUGAAACAGCUUCACCCAUCCAACUGUCUUGGAAUUCGUUCUUUUGCUGAUGCCCAAGGUUGUACAGAUUUGCAUAAAGUGGCUCACAAUUAUACUAUGGAACAUUUCAUGGAAGUAAUUCGAAACCAGGAAUUUGUGUUAUUACCAGCCAGUGAAAUUGCAAAGCUCCUGGCCAGCGACGACAUGAACAUCCCUAACGAGGAGACAGUAUUGAACGCACUCCUUACUUGGGUCCGUCACGAUUUAGAGCAGAGACGGAAAGACCUCAGUAGACUUUUGGCUUAUAUUAGGCUACCUCUUCUUGCGCCACAGUUCCUUGCAGACAUGGAAAAUAAUGCACUUUUUCGGGAUGAUAUAGAAUGUCAGAAACUCAUUAUGGAAGCAAUGAAGUAUCAUUUAUUACCAGAGAGACGACCCAUGUUACAAAGUCCUCGGACAAAGCCUAGGAAGUCAACUGUUGGUACAUUAUUUGCUGUUGGAGGAAUGGAUUCAACAAAAGGAGCAACAAGCAUUGAAAAGUAUGAUCUCCGUACAAAUAUGUGGACUCCUGUGGCAAAUAUGAAUGGGAGGAGGCUGCAGUUCGGUGUUGCAGUGUUAGAUGACAAACUGUAUGUGGUUGGAGGACGAGAUGGACUGAAGACUUUGAAUACUGUAGAAUGCUACAAUCCCAAAACAAAAACUUGGAGUGUGAUGCCUCCUAUGUCCACGCAUAGGCAUGGCCUUGGUGUGGCUGUAUUGGAAGGCCCCCUGUAUGCAGUUGGUGGGCAUGAUGGCUGGAGCUAUCUGAAUACAGUGGAGAGAUGGGACCCUCAGGCUCGCCAGUGGAAUUUCGUGGCCACUAUGUCCACCCCCAGGAGCACAGUAGGUGUGGCAGUACUAAGUGGAAAACUUUAUGCAGUCGGUGGUCGUGAUGGAAGUUCUUGUCUCAAGUCAGUAGAAUGUUUUGAUCCUCAUACUAAUAAAUGGACACUGUGUGCACAAAUGUCAAAAAGGCGAGGGGGAGUUGGAGUAACCACCUGGAACGGACUGCUGUAUGCUAUUGGAGGACACGAUGCUCCCGCAUCCAACUUAACUUCCAGACUCUCAGACUGUGUGGAAAGAUAUGAUCCCAAAACAGAUGUGUGGACUGCAGUGGCAUCUAUGAGCAUCAGCAGAGAUGCCGUGGGUGUCUGUUUACUUGGUGAUAAAUUAUAUGCCGUAGGAGGGUACGAUGGACAGACUUACCUUAAUACAGUGGAGGCCUAUGAUCCCCAGACAAAUGAGUGGACCCAGGUCGCUCCACUGUGCCUAGGAAGAGCUGGGGCUUGUGUAGUGACUGUAAAAUUAUAACAUAGUGCUUUGAUUUCUAAAUGAAGAUAUCCUCUUUUAUGAAUUUACUACAUUCUACUAUCAAUGGAUACAUUUUUAGUAAAUUUGCAGUGCCACGUUCCUGGGCACAAAGUGCUCGAUCUCAAAGUGAAGAUGUUAAAACAAGGGAGGGUGAACCAGGACUAUACACUUUCAUUUCUUAGUAAAUCAAAACUACAGGUGGUAGAUUAAGAACAUACAUUCCAAAUGUAAAAUGAGACAAAUGCACUGCUCCUAAACACAGCCUGGUGUUAAUUGGGAACUUCAUUUCUUAAUAAUCAAGCACAUUUUACUCACAUUAUCUGUAUUUCUCAUAUUAUGCCAGAUAAAACUUCCAACAUUUUGCUUUGUAACUUUAUCAUACAUGAGUUGCAGUAAUUUGUAUUCACUUGUUUGCUUGUUUGUUUAAGUAUAACCACUCUUUUAAUGACAUACUGAAGACUGUUAUUUAGUUUUUUCAGAAAUAGCUGUAUUAUAUGUGCUUCGGUUGUAGAUUUUAUUUCUAAAAUGGGGUUAGUUCCAAUGAAUACAGAAAAAUAUUGAGUUAAAACCAUAAUGACCAAAUGAAAACAUGACAUGAUUUUGGGAGUCUAUUUAAAUAUUCAUCCUAUUACAUCUAGGUUCACCAAGAACUAAAUGUUAUGAUAUUUUCAAAUUGGAAUUGAAACAUGUUUUUCAUUAAAUUUAAGAUAUGCAAAUUUAUGUAGAGGAAAUAAAUGUUAUAUACCCUGUAAUGUUCUUUCAUCCAACUAGUGUAUAAUUAUAUGGAUUUAUUGUCUUUUAUAAAAGAUAUUUUAAUUUUGUCUUUUGAUAUUGACAAAAACUGGUUGGAUAUUCUGAUGUUCUCAACUGUUAUCUGCCUCCCCUGCCUUGUUUCUUAUGUUUUACCAGUUAGUAACCCUUCGUGCUUCUUUGUAAUCAAACAGUUUGUGGGGGGGGAAUGGGCUUACUGAAUGUUUGAAAAAUAAGUUUAAAGUGUUUAUUACCCAAAGUUUUGUACAUUUGUAAACUCUAAUUACAUCUGUGAAUGUUAAUACUCAAA